AUGCCACGACGUAAAUCUCCUGACACGGGUAAAUGCAAGGCCUCUCGUACCAGAAGCCUGGGUGGAUGCAACACCUGCCGAAGAAGGAAAGUUAAAUGCGGAGAAGAAAGGCCCAGAUGUCAACGAUGUGCUAGUACUGGAUAUGAUUGCAAAUACAACCUUGUCUUGAAAUGGCAGGAAGAAUUUGCCAGAAGAGGUGCAGCCUUUGGUCGAUCCGGCGUAUGGAAGAAAAUUGACCACCGAGGAUCGACUUCGGAUGUUCAUCAAUCGCCUUCUUACGAUCUCUCGUCUGAAAUGGUUACACAGUGCUAUAUCCCGAACAUAUCACAUCAUCAUUUUGUAAACGGGACUGUCGAGAACUUUCACAGUAUGCUGUCAUGUGAUCAAGACGACCAAGCCGGAAUUGAACGUGAGCUAAUGGAUACUGCCGUCGAAAUCACCAGUCUUACUUCUCCUAGGUUGAAGUAUAUUCCAGCCCCUACAGCAACACCUUCUAGAUACCUUGUCCCAUUUCCUAUCAUCUCAUCGUUUUCCCACGUGGAUGACGUAAAUACAACUCUUCUGUUUCAAUAUUAUGUAGACCGUCUAUGUCCGCUGACAACUCCCAAUCAGUCCACAAACUCACCAUUCGCAACAAUAGUUCUCCCUUUUGCAUUGAGUACAUCGCAAUCUACCCUGCAAUCUCUUUUGGCACUUUCGGCGUGUCACAAGAGUAAAACAGAUGCAUCCUGGGGGCCGGUUGCCAUGUAG